AUGGCUGGACGAAAGCGCGCAAGCGACAUCAGUCAAGACAACGCAACGUCUGCUACCGCAAGCACGCGUGGGAAGCGGGCUCGUAAAGAGAUCGUUAACGACAAGUCCCCUCUCCUCAAUCUCCCUGGAGAACUGAGGAAUCGUAUCUACAAAUACAUCAUAGCCGACACAAAAGAGUACAAGAGAGGCAAAACACGCGACAAGUCUUAUAAUACAACAUCCAACGCCAGACCCAUCGGCCUGAAGUACACUUCUAUCAUGGCAGCAAAGCGCUACAAGACGGCAAAACAAUGGCUCAACGCUCAUAAGCGACGCCAUUACUUUGGUCUUACCCAGACCUGUCGCUUGUUCCGCCACGAGUUCCGUCCGCUCUACCUCGAAGAACUGUCUUUUGGGAUCAAGUCAGGUCUUGGUCAUUUCCUUGUAAUCUUUGGACACAACGACGAAAUUCAGGCCAUGGGUCAUCACAUCAUCAACAUCAUGAGCGAUUCUCUGCCGCACGAUGGUAUAGACUUACUAGCUGUCUUGAAGAAGAUGUCUGAUCUCAAGAUGCCAAGUCUUCUAUUUCGCUACAGGAAGUACUCGAGUCUGGAGCCUUGGAACAUCAACGACCUGUUUCUUACGUUGGCAUCACGCAUGGAUUCUCUUAUAAAACCUAUUGUCGAGGGUUUCGAUCUCACCAGUAUUACAAUCUUCAAGGACCCAAAGCGGCAUGGCUCUAAACAGCGCAGUCAGCCAGCGGUACGAAUGAACCUGGACAACAAAUGCUUUUCCACAUGGAGCCAAGAGAGGAAAGAGAGCCACAUGAAGUCUCUGAUCAGUUAUGUUGGUCUGGAAAAAAUUGAUGGCAAUCACACAACAAUUUGCUGUGACGGUCGAAGCUAUCUGUGGUAUGUUCCCGGCAUGAUAUACGAUGACUGGAAUGCCUCAGAAAUGCGAUUGCUUUCGGAGGAGACUGACUAG